GUUGAUGAACAUUUUUGGAUUUUCUAAUCUGGGCUUCGCAGGGACAAGAAGGCAGCAGCCAACAAUCUACAUUUGUAGGGGCUAAUCGCUAAUUGGUCUGUGGUUUACCAAAAUAAUGAUUGACCUAAUCAAGGGUCAGUACCAAAAUUAUUACUAAGAAUUAAUGUAAGAAAUUUUGUUUAGCUAGCAGCAAAAUCGAACAGCUGAACCAGUAAAGGAAGCUAUCAAAUGAAGAUAAUGAAAAACUGAUUUAAGGAAUUCUGCUCAUAAUUAACAAAGUUUCCUUAUUUUUUCACGGUAUUUUGGAAAAGGUAGUAGCCGUUGAACUCUUUCCUAGCUUGGAACUCUAAGCCAAAAACAAAACCCCCUAUAUACAGGCAUUACAAACAAAAUCUUUGCAAGAAUCAUUCAAAAAGAUUCAGACCCUUUUUUCUGAAACAAAAUAUUCUAACAGAUCUUACAGAAUCCAACAAUGUCCAAUUCAACAAGAUGUGCAGCUUGCAGAUUUUUGAGAAGAAGAUGUCGUCAAGAUUGUGUCUUGGCUCCAUAUUUUCCUCCAACCUAUCCCCAAAGAUUUGCUAGUGUCCAUAAAGUCUUCGGUGCCAGCAAGAUUACUGAAUUGCUAAAGCAACUUCCAGUGCAUUUACGUUAUGAUGCAGCAGAAUGCAUGUCAAUUGAGGCAGCAUCACGUGCAAGAGACCCAGUUUAUGGAUGUGUUGGAGUCAUAUCUCAGCUGCAACAACAAAUAAUUGAUGUUCAAUCUGAGUUGGUGAAGAUAAAGGGUGAAUUAGCAGUUCACAAUGCUCAGCAACAACUACAACUAGAAAAUGGAGAGAAAGCUAGUGAGCAGCGACAAGAUGAACUUUUAUGGCUCGGUUCGACUCAGCAUGACCCUUUGAAUUUGGAUCAACUGCUAAUCCAAGCAAAUGAUUACCAAAAAUCCCACUUUUAGUGACUUUCAUCUAGGAGUAAUCAAGUUGGUCUCCAUGAUUUAUAUGUUCAUUGCUGGUUUCUAAUGCAUUUUCAGUUUUCUUGCGUAAUUACCAAUGAUUAUGUCCCG